AUGGGCUCCUGGGUGGUAGCGGGUAGUGCCGCGAAGAGACCCAGGGCCCUGCCCCGAGGGGCUCCUGGGCCCUCGGCUCAGAGCGAAAGGAAGCAAAGCCAAGUAGCUUCCCAAGUGCCUGCCUAGUCCAGGAGGUGCCCUUUCACGAGGAGGCGCCGAGUGCCCGGGAGCCCUUUUCUUGGGUCUCAGUCGGCUUUGUACAAUCUCUAGCCGUUAGAGAGACAGUAGGGCAGCACUGGCUUUUUGGGGCUCUGCCUCAGGACCCUUUUCCAAACACCCCUGGGCGAGUUGACGCAUUGAGCCAAACCUGGGCUGCGCACGAUGGGCAGGACUCAGACGCGCCUCCGGGACGCUGUGGAGCCCCGGCGCCUCGCGAAGCCCGCUAUCUGAGCUCUAGGGGCUUUGAGAAAGACAACCCCAAGGCAAGGCGUUUGGAGAGCUGCUGUAGAACCAGGGGCUUGGAAGAGGAAGGCAUGUAUUUUCAGCUGUACCAGAAGGGGAAAAUUCUGUCACCACCAGUAAGGCAAGAACCCCGAAAUGUGACUACAGUGGACUAGCUCUGCAGUGGCCUGGGAAUCUCUGUAUUGAUAGUUCAGAAUAUGCUAAAAAGCCCACCCUUUGCAUGGGAAAUUGAAGGGCCAGCUGGUCUCCAUGACAGGGACCUGGAGCAAGGGAAUCAGAAGACAGCUGUAGAAAGCAAGAGGUGGCCUUCCGAGGGGCUGACUUGGAUUGCCCUUGGCUCCUGCCUUGUGAGUGUCGCAGCUCUCUGAUGGAAUGCUGGUGAGGUCCUCCACCCAGAGGAGCUAGUGGGGCUGAGCAAGGGGCUGCCUGGUGAGUGAGGACUUCUGCAGGUCUGACGGACUCCAGUCCCUGCUUAGGUACUCGAGGGGUGUCAGAGCCCCCUAUGCGCUCUCUGUCAGGAAGAUGAGGACUCUCAACACCUCUACCAUGGAAGGGGCUGGGCUGGUGGUGGAGAGGGACUUCUCCUUCCGCAUCCUCACAGCCUGUUUCCUGUCACUGCUCAUCCUGUCCACACUCCUGGGUAAUACGCUGGUCUGUGCCGCCGUCAUCAGGUUCCGACACCUGCGGUCCAAGGUGACCAACUUCUUUGUCAUCUCCUUGGCGGUUUCAGAUCUCUUGGUGGCUGUGUUGGUCAUGCCCUGGAAAGCAGUGGCUGAGAUUGCUGGCUUCUGGCCCUUUGGGUCCUUCUGUAACAUCUGGGUGGCCUUUGACAUCAUGUGCUCCACUGCAUCCAUCCUCAACCUCUGUGUAAUCAGCGUGGACAGGUAUUGGGCCAUCUCCAGCCCCUUCCGAUAUGAGAGGAAGAUGACCCCGAAGGCAGCCUUCAUUUUGAUCAGCGUGGCGUGGACCUUGUCUGUACUCAUCUCCUUCAUCCCAGUGCAGCUCAGCUGGCACAAGGCGAAACCCACAAGCCCCUCUGAUGGGAAUGCCACUUCCCUGGGCGAGACUACAGACAACUGUGAUUCCAGCCUGAGCAGGACAUAUGCCAUUUCAUCCUCCCUAAUCAGCUUUUACAUCCCUGUGGCCAUUAUGAUUGUCACUUAUACCCGAAUCUACAGGAUCGCCCAGAAACAAAUACGGCGUAUCUCAGCCUUGGAGAGGGCGGCAGUACAUGCAAAGAAUUGCCAGACCACUACAGGUAAUGGAAAACCCUUGGAAUGUUCUCAGCCAGAAAGCUCCUUUAAGAUGUCCUUCAAAAGAGAGACUAAAGUUCUGAAGACUCUGUCCGUGAUCAUGGGGGUGUUUGUGUGCUGCUGGCUCCCUUUCUUUAUCUUGAACUGCAUGGUGCCCUUCUGUGGGUCUGGGGAGACCAAGCCCUUCUGCAUUGAUUCCAUCACCUUUGAUGUGUUUGUGUGGUUUGGGUGGGCCAAUUCCUCCUUGAAUCCCAUCAUUUAUGCCUUUAAUGCUGAUUUUCGGAAGGCAUUUUCAACCCUCUUAGGAUGCUACAGACUUUGUCCUACGACAAAUAAUGCCAUAGAGACGGUUAGCAUCAAUAACAAUGGGGCUGUGGUGUUUUCCAGCCAUCAUGAGCCUCGAGGCUCCAUCUCCAAGGACUGCAAUCUGGUUUAUCUGAUCCCACAUGCUGUGAGCUCCUCCGAGGACCUGAAAAAGGAGGAGGCAGGUGGAAUAGCCAGACCCUUGGAGAAGCUGUCCCCGGCCCUAUCCGUCAUAUUGGACUAUGACACAGAUGUCUCUCUAGAGAAGAUCCAGCCCAUCACACAAAAUGGACAGCACCCAACCUGAAUUCUGAGAUGCAUCCUGCCAGACAUGCUCUUUCCAAAAGCUAGAGGAGAUUUACUUGGGGCUUGCUGUUUGAGAAACUAAGGUGUGGUAAGACUCUGAGAUGUUAGUUGAGCCCUCCUCUGCUGCUUUCCUUCAACAUACAUCUAACUCUAUUUUAAAAUACAUUCCAGUGUGUUUUCUGUGUUGUUCAUAGUGAAUCAAAGAACGUGAAGCUAAUGUUCAUAAGGGAGAUGUCUUUGGCUCCAAAAUUAUUUUUAGAAACUGAUUCUUAUCUUAGGACUUAAAAAAAUAGGUCAAAGAAUCAACAAGGAACAGCUUCACUUAAAAAUUAAACCUUUCCAGGAAGGAAAUGAGAAGGGUUGAGUUUGCUGUGUACAAACAGGUGCUAACAUUGGUUCAAGCAAAGUUUUCAGAUUGUAAAGGUAGGUGCAUGCCUUUAUAAUUAUUUUUAAAAAUUUAUUGAGCCUUACAGCAGGAAUGGGAUUUUUUUUUCAGAACUGAAAGAUGCUUUGUUGAUAUUGGUUUUAUUUAUUUAUUGUAUUAUAACGAUAUUUUUAAUUUAUUAAGAUAAAUCUAUUGUUUAUCAUACUUAAUAGGAUAAACUAAUGAGUUAUAUGAGACCUUGCAAUCACAUUUUUUUCCAUAUAACUAGCAUUUUACAAGCCAAUGAAACAAGCACCAAACUCUCUGAGAUUCUAAACACACAUCUGUAAGUUCCAGAAAUGUAGCAAAGACUGAUAGGAAAUGAAUCGAUCCCUUAAAAUUAAUUGGCAUUAAUAAAUACAAGGUGAGAAUUGACAAUGCUGUGAAUGGUUUUUUUUCUAAAAAGAUUUUUAAAAACUUGAAAAAGCAUAGCUACUAUUGUGUUCAGAAAUUUUUAAAUGGCACUUUUCCAGAAGAAUGAUUCUCAUUUCUGUAAAUACCUUAAGUAAAAGCCAGCUUAAGAAGAACCCAAUUUGAAAUUUAUGAUCUUAGGUGGUAAUAAAAAGUAUGUGCCACUUUGUAUUUAUGUAAAAUAAUUGGCCUUCUCCAUCUUUUCUCAUUUUAAGUGUCAGAUAGCUUUCUGAACCAAACAAAUGGCUGUCCUGGUUAGGUGUGUGUUGUGAAGACAGUGGGUUUCCUUAGCCCUGGUGUCACAGCAGUCUCACCAACAGACAUAGGUCAAGUCCUGCAUCUCCAUCUUACCAGGUCAAACCACCCUACUCAGUGGGGCUACUUUUUGUAGUGCUUUAAUCUAAACUUAGAAUAGAUUUUUUAAAAAAAGUCUACAUGUUAGUGGUAGACUAACUAUGAAUAGUGCCUCCUUAUCAUCCCCGAGUAAGACAUUUCUGUUGGUGGAAAAAACAGGAGACCCUUUCUCUUUGGGUGUUUUAAGCACCCACAGUUAUCAGUUGCUGCUUUUGACAAAUGCUAGUCCUUUCUCUGUGCUUUGGCAUCAAGUUCCUGUGUCAUCACCUGGACUGUAAAAAGUAUCUAAAGUCUCCCUUGCCAGAUAUUAAUUCAUAUGGGACAUUUGAAGAGAAUUUAUUUGAAAUGUUUACAAAGUGCUUUUGUUGAUAAGCAAUUUACUUAACAUUAGAUGAAAUGAGUAACAAGAAAGAAAUUGAAUGGAAAAUAUCUCCUGCAUCAGGCCUGUUAUUUAUGCAUUGUGAAUGUUUUCUUAAUUUUAUUGCCUGUAUGCUUUCUUACAUAUAAUAAAAUUAU